AUGUCUGUCGAGGUCAUCACAACCAUCUCCCCAAACACCAACAAGCCCAUCCUCACCCGGAAUGGUAUCUCCGACGUAGACAUCGAGCUCCUCCCCCAAGCCGCCACCGAAGCUUUCCAGAGUUACCGCAAGACCUCGCUCGCCGAGCGCGUAUCCAUAGUCAAGAGGGCGCUCGUCCUUCUCGAGGAGGACAAGGAUGUUUUGGCCAGAGAGCUGACGGAGCAGAUGGGAAGGCCAAUCGCGUACACGGCGAAAGAGAUUACGACGGCGGUUAAGAGGGCGGAAUACCUCGUCAAGGUCAGCGACGAGGCCCUCAAGGAUACCGAGGGCGAGCCGGAGAAGGGGUUUAAGAGGUUUUUGAGAAAGGUUCCGGUUGGGCCGGUGCUGAUCAUCUUUGCUUGGAAUUACCCUUAUUUGGUCUUGGUGAAUUCUCUAAUACCUGCCUUGUUGGCCGGCAACUCGGUGAUACUCAAGCCGUCACCUCAAACGCCUACGGUCGCCGAACACGUCGCUCGUAUAUUUGACAAGGCAGGUCUGCCGACGGGUGUCUUGCAGUAUUUCCACUCCGGCUCUCCUUCGGCCAUCGAGACCAUCGUCCGGGAUCCCAAGAUUCGACAUAUUUGCUUUACAGGAUCAGUGGCAGGAGGUCUAGCAGUCCAGAGGGCUGCAGCGGAUCGGAUCGUCAACGUCGGGCUAGAGCUUGGUGGUAAGGACCCUGCAUACGUGCGAAAGGAUGUUGAUGUUGCGUGGGCGGCAGAGGAGAUUGUCGACGGUGCAAUUUUCAACUCUGGUCAGAGCUGUUGUUCCAUCGAGAGAGUCUACGUCGACGAAUCGAUACACGACCGGUUCAUCGAAGAGAUACAAAAGGUAUUGAAGGGAUACAGGCUUGGCGAUCCGUUCGAUCUGGCUACGCAUAUUGGACCGGUCAUCUCGAAACGGUCGAAGGAGACCAUCGAGGAGCACAUCAAGGACGCCUUGGAUAAGGGCGCGACGGAUUCAACGCCUCAGAACGACACUUUCGAGAACCCACCAGCUGGUGGUAAUUACGUGAGACCGACGCUUCUUACCGGGGUCACACAUGAGAUGAAGGUUAUGAAGGACGAGUCGUUUGGGCCAAUCAUUCCCGUGAUGAAGGUCGCGGGAGAUCAAGAGGCCAUUGAGAGGAUGAACGAUAGCGAGUUCGGACUUACUGCCAGCAUCUGGACAAAGGACACGGAGACGGGGUAUCGGAUCGCCGAUGAAAUCGAAGCUGGAACUGUAUUCGUCAAUCGAUGUGACUAUCCAAGCCCGGAUCUUGCAUGGACGGGGUGGAAGAACUCGGGACGGGGAGUGACGCUAAGCAAGUUUGGGUUCGACCAAUUUGUCAAGCUCAAGAGCUAUCAUCUCAAGGAUUAUCCAAAAUAA